AUGAGAGGUGAAGCUGUCACACCGCCGCCACGAUGUGCCGCGCUACUGGAAUUGCACAUAAUAUCCGUAAGCGACAUCACCGUCAUUCAGCAGUAUUCGCGCAAGACGACUGUAGUUCGCUCCAGCAGUCCGUAUGGUGUACCGCCCAAGAGACUCUCGUUAUGGUGUUUUGAGGCCGACAGAGACGACGCGCUUCGUAACGAGGUUCGCGGCAUGAAGAUCACGACGUCCAUUGAUGAAUAUCGCAAGACGUCAGCGUAA